AUGGCCCUUGGUCUCCUUCCCAGGUCCCGGGGAAGCUUCCGCUUCCCCCGCUCCCUCCCCCCGGCCACUCUACGCAGUCAAGGUCAGCGGGGUCUCCGGCCACUCCCGCGCCCGCGCUCCUGCCGGGUCCCUGCGGGUGGCGGCGGUGCGAGAACCACAGCGAAACGAGCUGGUCCCGGCCCUCUCCACCCCCGCCUCCACCGCGGCUCUGCUUCGCGCAGCCGCAGACCCUCCCCUCGCACAGCGGCGGCCGAAGCUGUCCGUUGCCAGGGAUACACGCUGGGCAUCCUGGGAAUCUGUUCUCCAUCGCCCGUUCUCGCCACUCCUCACUCCGGGAAAUGCUCCGGUUUUGCAGCGCCUCCUGCGGGACCGAAGAAUAAAGGGGCGUCUGGGGCCGAUGAGACCAGAGAGCUUCAUGUCCGGGGCCAAGAAACAUCGAGGAAGACAGAUUCAGGGGCGAGAAUGGGCCUGGCUUUUGAGAGAACGAGGAGCAAACCUGCCAGAAACGCAGGGAAAGUGAAAGGGCACAUGGGAAAAGUGCUGAGGACUCAGGCAGAGCCCGAGCUCAAGCGGGAGCCAGAGCCAGAGCUGGGUGGCAGGAGAUUUCGAGAGCGGGAGCAGCGCAGCCCAGCCCAGGGGCCUGAGCGCGGGCCGGCCAACAGUUCGACUCCUCCUUGGCACCCGCCGACCGCAUUGCAGGAGGGAGGAGAGAGCGUGGGCGGCGAAGGGUCCAGACUGUCCGAUUCUUCUCUGCCCAGUCUUAGAGGGAGGGGAGGAGUGGGGGGAGAAGCUGCAGCGUCCUCUGACUCGGGAGGCAGACGAAAAACCAUGGCCAAGGCGACUCCUGUUAAGAUGUCUGUGACAUUUGAUGAUGUGGCUGUGUAUUUCUCAAAGAAUGAGUGGAAGAAACUGGAAUGGUCCCAGAAAGAACUUUACAAGCACGUGAUGAGGACUAAUUAUGAAACCUUGAUCUCCUUGGAUUAUACUAUUCCCAAACCAGACUUGAUAUCCCAUAUUGAACAAGGAAAGGAGCCAGUCUUCAAGAGUCUGGCAAAUUUGGAGACAAAUGUGAGAACGAUCCAAUCUAGCACUGCUGCUCUACAUAACUCUGACAGCACUGAGAAACAGCAGUCUGUCCCUGGAAGCCAGGGAGUGAUGCAGCUAAAAGCAAAGAAAUGCCAUUUUGGUAGUCCUCAAAACCAAGGCUUAUCUGCAUCUUCACUUAAUGAAGGAAAUGUUUUCUGCAGGCCUACCCAAAGAAAUACCUUGAGAAACCUCUCCUCCCAAAACAGAGAGCCUUCAAUUCCAGAAGCUAAUAGUACUAAGGGAUCCACUGAGAGGGUGGAAGAGGAACACCCGGGGACCAUCAAUUGCCAGGAAGCCCCCAAUGGGCAUAGAUUCUAUCCCUGCCAUGUAUGUGGGAAAAGCUUCCAGUUUAAAGGUCACUUGGUAAAACACCAAAGGAGCCACUCAGACAACCAAUGCCAAUGCCCACAGUGCAAGAAGAAAUUCAGCAGGCAAUCUGACCACAGAAGGAAAGGAAAGAAUGAAAAAAAGAGAAGGAACAAGAAAAGAAUUUAUGAAUGCAGUGAGUGUGGCAAGAGCUACUGCUUGAAGAAGAACUUGAAUGCCCAUCAACGUAAACAUGGUGGGGAUGAUUUCCUUCGGGAAUCUGAAAGGAAUAAGAACUUCGCCCGCAGGGCCAACCUAAAGAGGCCUGAGCAGACACGCAGCAGGAGGAAUGUCUUCACUUGUAGGGAGUGUGGGAAAAGCUUCUGCCAGGAGUCUUACCUGCGAACCCAUCUAAGCCUGCAUAAGGAAGAAAAACUGUUUAUCUGUGGUGAGUGUAACAAGUGCUUUUCUUAUCAGUACAAGUUCAUUGAACACAUCAGGAUUCAUACUGGGGAGAAGCCCUUCCAGUGUACCAGCUGUGGAAAGAGCUUCCGCCUGAAGGUCAAUCUGAAGAUCCAUGUGAGCCUGCAUAAUGGGGUUGAUCCUUACCGCUGCAGUGAGUGUAAAAAGAACUUUGCUCACAAAGCAAGCCUCGUCAAACAUGUCAGAAGACUUCAUAGACUGGAUAGGCCUUUUAAGUGUCCUGAGUGUGACAAGACCUUCAAAAGGAAGACCACCAUGAGACUCCAUUAUAGCCUACACAAAGGGGAAAAACCAUUCCCUUGCACAAAAUGUGACAAAUCCUUCAGCCAACAAAUUAAACUCACUGAACACAUGAGAGUCCACACUGGGGAAAAACCUUACCAGUGUUAUGAAUGUGGUAAAAAAUUUCGACUGAGGAGAAUUAUGAUUGCCCAUCAGAGUGAACACAGUGGGAUGAAGUCCUUCAUCUGUGGGGAGUGUGGCAAAAGAUUCCUUAUGCAGUACAUGCUCACAGAACACUUCAGGGUCCACAGUGGGGAGAAGCCCUUCCAGUGUGGUGAAUGUGGUAAGAACUUUACUCGGAGAACCAACUUGAAUGCCCACAUGCGUAUCCAUACUGGACAAAAGCCGUUCUCCUGCAGUCAGUGUGGCAAAUGUUUCCCCCAUCAAUCUAAGCUCGCUCAACACCUUCAAGUGCACAACAAAGAUAAAACUUUCCAGUGUCCUGAAUGUGAUAAAAGCUUUCGCCAGAAUAGAAGUCUGAAGGCCCACAUGAGUCACCACAGUGGGGAGAAGCCUUUCACUUGUAAAGAGUGUGGCAAAAGCUUUGCCUUGCAGCAUGUCUUCAACGAACACAUCCGAGUUCACAGUGGUGAAAAGCCCUUCCAGUGUCCUGAAUGUAACAAGUGCUUCUAUAGGAAGGCUACCAUGAAGGUCCAUCAGAACAGACAUAAGCAGAAAAAGUCAUACCCAUGCCCCAAGUGUGAAAAAUGUUUUUCCCAGCGUUGUGAACUCACUGAACAUGCUAAAUCUCACCAAAAAAAGGCUUUCCAAUGUUCUGAGUGUGACAAGAGCUUCUCUCAGGAAAAAUCUCUGAAGGUUCAUGAGAGUCUGCACAAAGCAGGGAGUACACUUUCCUGUGAUGAAUGUGGUAAGAAUUUCACCCGGAAGUGUGAGCUAAGUAGACACAUCAAGAUCCACAAUAGGAAGAAGUCCUUCCAGUGUCCUGACUGUAAAAAGAGCUUUGUCCAUAAGUCAUCUUUGAGGGCACACCACCACGUACAUAAGAAGGAAAGACCAUUCUUAUGUUCUGAUUGUGGCAAGAGCUUCGCUUAUGUGGGUGCAUUUAAUACCCAUAAUGCAGCCCAUGCUAAGGAGAAAGCCAAGAGUUUCAGGUCAGAGAAGAGUUCCAGAUCAGAGAAGAGUUCCAGACCAGAGAAGAGUUCUAGGUCAGAGAAGAGUUCUAGGUCAGAAGUGGUACCCAAUAGUGCCAGCUCUUUGAACCAGUGAGCAUCAUUAGAGUUAAUUCUAAUUCCCUAACUUGAUGGGAAGCUAUAUUAGGAUGCACACCAGCCAGAUGUGUGGAUAAUUCAGAAGAAAUUGAAGGCUGAGUAGAUCUAAGAAUCUGAGAGACCAUGAAGAGCCUUCCUUUUAAAGCCUUACAUUGAAGUCUCUCUUUGCCCUUUCCUAAGAACGUCAUUUCAUUUGAGUUCACAUUGCUCUCAUUGACUCCUUUAGUGCCUUCUAAAGGUGUGAACAACCCUAUACCCAUUGAUCCUUUUUUCCUCCUUUCCUUCUCCAGGGAUUUCCUAACCUUAUACAUAGAGAACAUACUAAAAAAGACCAUGAAUGAGGACAUGUGAAGGGAUUGAAACUUUCCUCUAGCUUGACCUAGUCUCAAUUUCCCUUUCCUAGAAUUCUUUGAUUAAGCUUAACAGGAUCUUUCCUAUGAAGUUAAUAAUUUCUGUUAGGUGCAGAUAGAGAUAGCUUUAUUUGUUUAAAAAAAGGGUAAUGACUUCAUCCUAGUUUUUAGGAUAAUUAUCCUCUUAAGUCUUAAUCAUUCUCUUCAGAGCUGAAUUAAACCUUUCUGCCAGGAAAUGACAUUGUUCAUGACGAACAGUAGGCUUUAUAUUUAACCCCACUUUAUUUCCAUAGGUAUUUAUCACUUCUGAAAAAUCUAUUAGGAUUGCUAAAGAAAAUCCCAGGUGAAAAAAAAUUUAGUAAAACCUUGGCCACUUUUUGUUCCUUUGUGGAGGCCAAUACUAGUGCUUUUGUAUACCUUGUGGCAUAAACUACCAUUGCAAGAAUUGUUUUGUUUUGUUUUAAUGGUAAGUGGGCUUAAGGAACACACCUACUAGGUCUAUAUACUCUAUGGAAAAAUUUCUCUAAGAAUAGGCAAAGAAGGCUUUAGUUUGGUGUUCACUUUUGAACAUUCUCAAAAGACUUAACUUUCUGUCACCUGUUGUGUUACCUUAGACCAGGAAAAAUUUAGAAACUACCUUCUGAUUUUUAAUCCCUAGAUGAUUUAUCUAUGUGUAUAUAAGUAUAUAUACAUAUAUAUAUGUGUAUAUAUGCAUAUACAAAUAUACACAUAUAGAUCUAUUUAGAGAGAUAGAUCUAUUUCUAUACAUAGUAAAUGAUGACCAAUUCGACAACCCUUUUAUGUACUAAAUAUUUGUUUCUGGGGUUUCCCUAAUAACACUUAGGAUCACAGAGUUUGAGCUAGAGAAAUUUUUCCUAACUUACUACUUUCUAAUUACUUUCCCUUUUGAAGCUGACAGUUACUGAUAAAGCUAACUUGAGAUUGAUGAACAAAGAUUAUACAUUACUCUUCCUUAUGAACUUCUUGAAAUUUGGUCUCUGCUUUUUAUUCCUUAAGGGUUAAGUCUCUUCCCCUCCCAGAACCGCUCCCCCCAUCUCUGCCCAGUAUUUUAAAACACAGUUGAACAGAACUAUUUUAAAAUUAGGAUUUUAAUAGUGGUACAAAGAAAAAAAUAAAUAACAGAUGUAUGAAUUUCAUUAGGAAGAUCAGAAAUGUUAUAUUUGGACCAAACUAGAAAUAGCCUGAGAAGUCUUCAGUCAGCAAAUAUUUAUUGAAUUCCUGCUGUGUACAAAGGACCACUGCUAGGUAGUGUGAAGAUUUUAAAAGAGCUUCUGCCAUUGAGUACUUUAUAAUCUAGUUAGAGAGAGAAAACAUAUCCACAUAAAAAAAUUUGAAGCAUAAAGUAUUCAGAAAUUAUUUCCUCUUAGUGUUUGUCAUUUAAAAAAGCCAAUGGACAUAGUGGCAACAGAAUUAGAUUUAGGAUUCAGAAAAUCUGGGCUUAAAUUAAGGAGCAAAACCUAAUAACUUGCUGUGCAUAAGCAACCUACUUGAAACAAAUCUUUAUACAAAGUUUAAGAAGGUGUUUGUAGUAUAAUGGUAUAGUACUUUCCACAGGAUCUUUAUAGUAAUUAAAAACUCUAUCAACAAGUAUUCUUAUGACUUGGCUGAAACUGGUUAGAUAACAAUAAGGAUCUUUGGAAAUAUCAAAAUUCCACUUAGUUGAGUUGCAUAAAAAGCAGAGUUGAUGAGAAUCUGAAUUAUGAAAAGUUGGGGAAACAAUGUCUAAUUCAUGUUUCUGUUGCUUACUCAUUUGAUUUUAGUUGCCUCAGGAUCCAACUCUUUUCUGUUUUGGUCAAAUAAGGACUUGAUGCUGAAUGUAUUUCUUGGUUAUUGAGUGCAUCUUUUAACAUAAAAACUUUUUAAUAAAUCCAGAUUGUAUGAAGGUCACUUUAGGAAAAAUGUCCCCAGUAGAGGACAGAUAUUGCCUUAAGUCUCUCCAUUACUUGUCAUUUUGCCCACUGUAUCCCAUAAAGGAAAAUUUUGUCAGAGUUGUUGGGGCCAAAACUGUAUUCUUUUGACAUAGUUGUACUGCAGUUAAUUUGUAGUGUCUCUGAGAACAAAUGAGCUGCAUUUCCUUGUAUAAUUCAGUUAGUCAUCUCUUGUUUUAUGCUAUGGAAGAGAGAAGUGCUAAAACUGAUUUAUCUAAGCGAUGUCUCUUAAGUUUGUGAACUUCUCAUAUAACUAAUGGAGUGGAAUUUUCAUUCUGUUGCCUGAUAUAGUUAGAUUUGAGUAAGUUUCUGAACAUUUAGGAAGCUACUAAUCAGGGCUCAAAGGCUCCACUCUCUGCAUGUUAAGAGCAAACAAAUUCAAUCCAAUUUGAUGAACAGAUAAGUAUCUAUAAUAUAAAUAUGUAAAUAAAAUAUAAUAAAUAUAAAUAUAAGGAACAAUAUAAGUAAAAGGAAUUAUUCCAGGCGCUGGAGUAAUUAUGACAUGGCAAAAACUGAGCUGGAGUCCAAGGGUUAAAUUUUGGCUCUGCUGCUUUGCUACCCAUAUGACUUCUAGCAAGCUGCCUUGGAUCUCAGUUUUUUCACAGUAAAAUGAGAGGGUCACUUUAGAUAAGUGGUUCUCAAACCUUUUGGUCUCAAGUUCCCUUUAUACUCUAGGACCUCCCUCCAUCCCCAAUAAAUAAGCUUUUGGUUAUAUGGGUUAUAUCUGUUGAUAUGUACUGUAGUAGAAAUUAAAUUGCCUUAGUAUUAUUAUGAAAAUAGUUUUGACCUUGAGACUCUCCUGAAGGGAUCUCCAACCUCCAGGAUCACUGGACCACAGUUUGAAAAACAUUGUUUUAGAUGAUCUCUAAGUUCCCUUCCCAGCUCUAAAUCUGUGAUCCUAUAAUUAUGCCUUAAAGGAGUUUUUUAAAA